CUCUCUCUCUCUCACUCACUCUGGGAGAAACAGGACAGCCGCGUCCGUGCCAAGGAGAAGGCGUAGACUUCCUCCAAACAUUUCCUCCGCCAUCUCCGCUUUCGAGCCUCAAAGUUUGGUGGAAUCUUUGUUCCGUGGAGAGUUUUUGUUUCCCUCCUCCUGCUCUCCACCUGGUGGCUUCUUUCUUCGCUUUUAGAGCCAAACGGGAGCGGAUCUGUGCGUUUCUUCACACAUCUGAACUUACGCAGACAUGGACUGGGGAACCGAUCUGUGGGACCAGUAUGAUGUCAUCGACAAGCACACACAAUCAGGCCUUGACCUGGUGGACCGAUACAUAAAGCUUGUGAAGGAGCGGACAGAGAUAGAGCAGAACUACGCCAAGCAACUCAGGAGUUUAACAAAGAAAUACGCCAAACGGGGAAGCAAGGACGAGCAAGACUGCAAGUUCAGCAACCACGCAUCAUUCCAGGAGAUCCUGAACGAGCUGAACGAUUACGCCGGCCAGCGGGAGCUCAUCGCCGAGAACAUGAUGACGGCAAUCUGCGUCGAACUCACCAAGUACCUUCAGGACAUCAAACAAGAACGCAAAACGCACCUGUCUGAUGCCAAGAAGGCCCAGCAGACGUUAGAGAGCAGCUUAAAACAUCUAGAAAGUACAAAGAAGCGCUUUGCCAAGGAGUGGGCGGAGGCUGACAAAGCCACACAGCAAGCAGAGAAAACAGAGAAUGACGUCAAUGCCACCAAACUCGACGUCGAGAAAGCCAAGCAGCAUGCCCAUGCUCGCACACACACAGCAGAGGAGUGCAGGAACGACUAUGCAGCACAGCUCCAGAAAUACAACAAGGAGCAGAACAACUUCUACUACUCAGAGAUACCGCAGAUCUUCAAUAAACUGCAGGACAUGGAUGAACGGAGGAUCCGGCGGUUGGCGGAGGGCUACUGCCAGUUUUCAGACAUCGAGAAGAAAGUGCUGCCAAUCAUCUCCAAAUGUCUAGAAGGAAUCUCUGCAGCAGGAGGGAAGAUUGAUGAGAAACAGGACUCGAUACUGUUCAUAGAGCAGCACAAGUCUGGUUUCGAGCGACCUGGAGAUGUGGAGUUUGAAGACUACACCCAGGGAAUCAAACCAGCGACCUCAGACUCCAGCCUGCACCCACCAAAAGUGCGCGCCAAGCUCUGGCCUUUCAGCAAGAAACACAAGUUUGCCCCUCCAUCUUUCUCUCCCCCGUCCCCUUUCCCACUUGGCAGCCUUCCCCUUUCUCUCCCCCUUUCCAAGCUGCAGCGCUCCCCUCUCUCUCUUUGUCUGAGGGAGUUUAAUCAAUCUGUCAAACCCAGGAUUUCCACCUUAAAGAUGUUACACAAACCUUGUCUGCCGCCUCCUGCAGAAGAUUUCUCUCACCUUCCUCCAGAGCAGAGGAAGAAGAGGCUGCAGGCGAAGAUCGAUGAUAUCACCAAAGAGCUGCAAAAGACGCAAGACCAAAGUGACGCACUGGAGAAGAUGAAGGGUGUGUAUGAGCAGAAUCCACAGAUGGGAGACCCCUCCAGUCUGGAGCCUCAGAUCACAGAAACUGCCCAGAACAUCGGCCGCCAGGGGGAGCUCGCCAAAUACGAGACGUGGCUGUCGGAAGCAGUGGGAGGAGAGGAAUCUUCCAACACCAUCAACAAUAACGCUCAGCAUAGUAUCUCCAGUGUUGUAACAGCUGACCCGUCUCAGAACAUCUACACAGAGUUUGAUGAUGAAUUCGACGACAUAGAAAGUCCUAUUGGCCAAUGCACAGCUCUGUACACCUUCGAAGGCAACAGCGAGGGCACCAUUUCCAUUACAGAGGGAGAGCUGUUGAGCGUAAUGGAGGAGGAUAAAGGCGACGGAUGGAUGAGAGUCCUUAGAGCCAAUGGAGAGGAGGGCUAUAUACCUUCAUCCUAUGUCAAACUCGCACCUUAACUCCCAUCACAGAGCUGCUGAUGGAAGUUAAGAGCCAAAGGUGAAUACAAAGUCAUCCAAGAUAAUUGGAGCUGCUCUCUACAUGUUUUAUCUCAGCCAGUGUCGUGUGUGGCGAGAUGAAAGUGAGUGAUUAUAAAGCUUGUUAUCAAGGCUGAUUGCAGUAUCAUACACUCCCUGUCUCUGCUCACUGCGGCAGGAGAUGCAGCCUCUAAAUGCAGACUGUCAUUCCUGUCUGAUCUUUAUAGAUUACACCUCUUUUAGAACUUUAAAAAAAAAAAACUACUUUUGAAUGUAUAUCCGAAGUUUUUGUCACGGUGUCAAGUGACGACUCCUGUAACGCGUUCAGCAUCAUAGUAGCUUCACGCUACGUUUGUUUAUGGCAAUACUUGUAUCCGCCCACUUGAUUUCCCCACUGCCAGUUUUAGUAACCUGCUGAACUUUUUCUUUUUGUAACUCCGGCUCUCUACAAAACCCCUUGUCUGACAGGAUAAUGUGAGUUUUUUUGUUUUUUUUUUACCAUGGUGAUGUGAUGUUUUGUAACUUUUAACUGGAUGAAAACCACUACUCUACAGGGAGUGUACAAAAUAUAUUGCUCAAUGGACGGAGACGUUAAAAGACAGGCUCCCUUUUUUUUUUUUUGUCUUAAAACAGUUGUCAGGCGUCCAUAUGAAGAGUGAAACAAGUUUUCAUGUUUAUACUGACCAUUAAAGGAUUUCUUCCUAAUGUGCUUUCAUAGGUGAAGUUGACGAAAUCAUUUUCUAAAGCUACUAUGAUGCGCGGUAGUCUGAGUUGGACCCAUUGAACAUCUUCGAACAUUUUAGUGCAUUAAAUACAACAUUCCUUCUUUGUGUUAUGAUCUAUCUCUGCAGCUCAGCAGAGCAACAUCUGAAGAACCACAUAGAGGAAUUUGAUAUUAAAAAUGCUGUUUAAUUUAGAAGGUAUCCACUUGGUGUGACUAAAUGAAACUGCUUAGACUUGAUUUUAGCUGCAAACUACUUUGGAAAACAAUUUUUAAAGACAUCAAGGACUGUAUUUUGUCUGUCAUGAUACAGACCGAAUAUAGUAUAACCCAACCAGCAACCCACUUGUUGAAAAUUAUACAUUUAGCAAACAUGUUAAAAGUGUUCUCCCACCCUAUAGCAGAAUGAUAAUGAGGUGCAACCAGAUCAUUGUCUAGCGCUGAGAAGAAGAGCUGGAGAAUGGUCUGGCUGUGCAAGAGCGCACAGAAAAGGCGAAAUCCUAAUUGUAAACAUGACUACAAAGAAAAAUAUACAAAACCUGUUUUAGUGUUUCUAUGGUCAAAUGAGUGUAAUGAAAACAAACAGGAAAAAAUGUGAACCUGUCUUUUUACUCCAUUUGAUAUAUUUUAGUUUCUUUACCACAGAAAGGGUUUUAAUGGAAGUUUACUUUGCAAUGUGUUUUGUGAAUUUUAGGCAUGACGUGUCAAAACCAAAGGAAAAGCACAAUAGCAGUGAUGACCAAAGUUCAAUGCAAAGUAAAAGUUUAGAGUUUAUUAUUGUGGAACUCCUGUGAAUCGCCUUCGUUAGAGGUUGCAGCCUGUGUGCAGGUCUUCUCUUCACUUUUAAUUUCAAACUUUGCACAGAAGUGACUGGACUCCAUGUUGAGUGGUUUCAGGUCUGAUGGCCAGUUGGCUCCUCUUUAUGUUUGUCGUAUUCUAGUUUCACAUGGUUUAACUGCCUGUUCUCACUUUUUGAGCCUCUGGACAUCUGAAUCUCACUCUUGUCCUUUGUAAAUCCUCUGAAACAACGGCCAUUAAAAAAACCAAAAAAAUA